GUAUUGCUGAAGACCUUAUCUAGUUCGCCCAAUCUUCCAGACCAUGUGCUCCAUGCUUUGAGACUAGGAGGACCUUAGUGUUCUGAAAUGAAGAUGGAGACAGUGGGAAAAGCAGAACUUGUUGAUUCAGUUCCACCAAAGACUUGUGAAAAGCAAGAAACUGCUCCUGAUGAACAUGGACCUAUAGAACUUGAGACACAAACUCAGAAAGACAACAUGCGUGCUGCAGCAGACUCAGUGGUGCUUUCUUCAAUGCCUUGCUUACUGAUGGAACUGAGGCGAGACUCUUCAGAGUCUCAGUUGGCAUUUACAGAGAGCGAUAGGCCAAUGGGUGGUCGAGUUUAUGAGAGUGACUCUUCUAAUCACUGCAUGCUUUCCCCUUCCUCCAGCGGGCAUUUGGCUGACUCAGACACGUUGUCUUCUGCAGAAGAGAAUGAGCCCUGUCAAGCUGAAGGUACUGUAGAGGGAGACCUUUCUGCGGUGUCUGGGGCUGCAGUUGGGAGGAAAUCUAGGAGAUCCAGGUCUGAAAGUGAAACUUCAACAAUGGCUGCCAAGAAAAACCGACAGUCUAGUGAUAAGCAGAAUGGUCGAGCUGCCAAGGUAAAAGGUCAUAGAAGUCAAAAGCACAAAGAAAGAAUCCGUCUCUUGAGACAGAAGCGGGAGGCAGCUGCUCGCAAGAAGUACAACCUGCUUCAGGACAGCAGUACCAGCGACAGUGACCUGACGUGUGACUCAAGCACAAGCUCAUCAGAUGACGAUGAAGAGGUUUCAGGGACCAGCAAGACAAUCACUGCAGAGAUACCAGAUGGACCUCCAGUUAUAGUUCACUAUGAUAUAUCAGACACAAACUCAGAUCCAGAAGUGGUAAAUGUGGACAAUCUGUUGGCAGCUGCAGUAGUUCAAGAGCACAAUAAUUCUUUAGGAAAUCAGGACUCAGGAUCUACCUGGAGAACCAGAGGGCCGCUAGAUGAACUGAGUGCUGAUACAGGUCAUUUGGAUCCAGGCUUCCUUGCAGGUGACAAAAUAUCUUUAAGUAAUGCCCAGAUCAAUAAAGAAAUUAAUAUCGCCUCUUCUGAUAGUGAAGUAGAGAUUGUUGGAGUUCAGGAACAUGCCAGGUAUGUGCGUCCCAGGGGAGGUGUGAUUCAGAGUGUGUCAUCUUGGAAGCGUGGCUCAAGCUCACAAUAUAUUAACACUCAGCAAACACAAUCAUGGACAGCAGUGACUCCCCAACAGAACUGGUCUUCACCCCCAGAAGUAGUAGACCUCACUUUGGAUGAGGAUACAAGACGCAAAUAUCUACUGUAA